AUGGCCCGCCCGGCUGCAUGUAUUGCCUGCCGACAGAAUAAGCUCCGCUGUAAUGCGUCUUCCACAUUCCCAGCGUCCUGUUCAAGAUGUGCCGGACGACACAUUGAAUGCAAGGUCGAUAUGAACUAUAAGCGAGUUCCCACAAGGAACCGAGUCGAGCGACUUACUCAAGAGCUCAAGACUAUUAGGGCCAGCCUUCAACUCCAAUCCAACAGCGGCGACGCGUGGCCCAGCCAUCCCAGUUUGAGUCAGUCUAGCACAUCCACUGGCGACUGUUCCUUUUCGACGGCGCCAAGAGCUGAAGCCAUCUCCGAUUUUCUUGAGAUAAGUCCGCAUAGAACGCCUACGGGCGGGCAUGACACCGUUUUCAAGUUGCAAGAUCUCGUUCUGCCAGAGACCGAUGUAAAUGAACUAUUCCAAGAGUACUAUGCCCGAUAUCAUCAACAGCUCCCGGUCUUGGAUGAACAAACCGAGCCUACCGCCAUCAUUGAUGCGAGUCCUCUCCUGUUUUGGACCAUUUGUUUCACGGCCUCCCGCAAUCUCCUGCCCCAACAGCGCUAUUUUCCUAUUCUAUGCAAAAAAAUAACUGGCCUCCUAAGCAAUCUUAUGAUAGUCCGCCAUGACUCUGUAUACACUAUGCAGGCGUUGCUUAUAUUGACCAUGUGGCCUCCGCCAGUUCGGCGACAGUCGGAUGAUAUGCGCUGGACAUAUAGCGGCAUGACACUGCAGAUGGCAUUACAUGCUGGCUGCCAUCGCGUGGGUUACGAGCAUGAGUAUCAUGCAUUUACCUAUUCCGAGUCGCCUUCUGACAAGCGAAAACACACGCAAAUCUGGCGGUGCUGGUGUUUCGUCAAUUCCCUACUAAGCUGCGAACUCGGACUUCCCUGUCUCGUUCCUUUUGAUGCUCUCGUAAUCAAACCCAGUGACGAAGCCGCUCUUCCGCCAGACUUUAUCUCUAAGCUGCGUAUCGCCCUUUACGUCAGUCGAAUCAACGACACCUUAGACGACAGCAGCCCCAAAGACGGUAGACACUUGAUGGCAAUCGCUCGGCUAUUGGAAAAAGAUCUUAAAUCACUCGUAUCUGAACUCCGCAAAUCAUCGGCGCUGUGGAACCCUACCGUGGAAUUUGUCUAUCUGGGUGUCCUUCUUUACGUGUAUUCGUUCUGUCUUCGAUGGGCUUCCGCUAUACCCCUUAGCGAUCCCGACCAUGCGAUCAUUCAAACUUCCGCUGCUCAGUCCGCCUGCCGACUAAUCGAGCUAUAUGCAAGCUCCCUGCUUGGUCCUGCCAAUGGGACAUCACCAACCCUAACGUCAUGUCCCCAGAGAUAUUACGCCAAAUCUUAUAUCCAAUUUAACACCAUUGCUCUCAUCAUAUUGCUAAAGAUCUCCGCGCUUAACAAAGUCUCCCUGCACCAACUUGGCGAGAUAAACGACGCUAUCCGAACAGGCCACAGCGCGCUUAUGGCCUGUUCCUCCUCGCAUGGCGACGAAUCGUACCGAGCCGCGGCUGUGGUGGAGGUCCUUUGCAAAAGGGGCAUCAUUAAACCUGUUGGUGGCGACUCGCCCGUUCAAUCACGCUUUGGCGCCUCACUGUGGUUGGAACUCCUCGCUACUGCGAUCCGCUGGCGUCGUCAGAAUUCCCAGGAGAGGAUUAGGCCAAGAGACAGCACCAGUGCCAGAAAUGACAAUGACUGCAAUAAUAGUAGCGAAGGUAUAGCUAUACCAUUAACUAUUAGUAGAGUUUCUGGGCCUGGGAACGCAGCGGUCGCGACUCCUAUAGCAGUUGACCAGGUUGCCGGACCAGCGUCAACCCUAGCCAACCUCCAGGAUAAUAUCAGCGGGUUUCCUUUUAGUGUGGAGGACUGGUCUACCUAUUUAGAUAUUAUACAGGCCGAUACCGAACUUGGCUACGAUCUUGGUGUUUAA